AUGAAAUCGUCUCUCUUUUCUAUACUUGCCAGUAUUGUGGCUGUCACUGCCACAAAUGUCCCCUCGUUCUUAGUUCGAGACUCCGUCUCCGCGUCGCUCUCUGCUUCAGCAUCUCUUAGUACAUCUUCCUCUGGCGCCUGCACAGGAAACACUGCCAGCAAUCGUGAGCAAUGGUGUAGCUAUGAUAUCAAUACAGACUAUACCACUACCACUCCGGACACGGGUGUCACUCGAGAAUAUUGGUUUGACCUCGAACAUGUCACCGUGGCUCCCGAUGGGCGGUCCCGGUUCGCCCUAGCCAUCAAUGGCUCUAUUCCCGGUCCUACCAUUGAAGCAGACUGGGGUGAUACCGUGGUCGUGCAUGUCAACAACAAACUACCUACCUCCGUCAAAAACGGCACCAGCAUUCACUUCCACGGGAUUCGCCAACACUACACGAACCCCUCGGACGGUGUAGUAUCUAUCACCCAGUGCCCGACAGCUCCGAACAGCACCAUCACCUACAAGUGGAGAGCGACUCAGUACGGCUCGACCUGGUACCACUCGCACAUUGGUCUCCAGGCUUGGGAGGGUGUGUUCGGUGGCAUCAAGAUCAAUGGCCCUGCUAGUGCCAACUAUGACGAGGAUAAGGGGUUCAUCAUCCUCAACGACUGGGACAUCAAUACGGUGGACCAGCUCUUCGAUAGUGCACAAGCUGACGGCCCCCCUGAACUGGAUUCUGGCUUAAUCAAUGGAAUGAAUGUCUUCGGACAGGAUGGUUACGCCAAUCAGACAGGAACUAGAUGGAAUACAUCUUUCACAGAAGGAGAGUCCUAUCGAUUUCGCCUGGUCAAUGCAGCCUGCGACAGCCAUUUCAAGUUCAUGAUUGACAACCAUACGAUGACAGUCAUCGCCAACGACCUCGUCCCCAUAGAACCGUACAACACUACCGUCCUCGAUAUCGCAAUGGGACAACGCUACGACAUCAUCGUCCGCGCAGACAAAGCUUCCAUCGCCAAGAACUUCUGGCUGCGUGCCAUCCCUCAAGAAGCCUGCUCUGAGAACCAGAACCCCACCAACAUCAAGGGAAUUGUCUACUACGGCUCUUCUCCAUCGAGACCCACGACAACGGCAUAUUCCUACACAGAUGCCUGCGAUGACGAAGACAUGUCCAAUCUGGUACCGAUCGUCAACCCCUAUACAAUAACCUCCAACCCGUUAUACAACGAAUCGGAGCCCGUGAGCCUAGGCAAGAACUCCCAGAGCCUUUAUCGCUGGAAGCUAAACAGUACCUCCAUGCAUGUGGCCUGGGAAGAUCCAACUCUGCUCGAGAUCUAUCGCAACCACACCUCCUUCACCAACACCAGUGGUGUAGUCCAGCUGCCUCGCGCAGAUGAAUGGGCCUUUGUCAUCAUCGAGACCACUCUAUCCGUGCCUCACCCGAUUCAUCUGCACGGACAUGACUUCGUUGUCCUCUCCCAGGGAAGCGGAACCUACAGCGCAGGCGACAUCACAACGAACAAUCCUCCCCGCCGUGAUACGGCCAUGCUUCCAGCAAAUGGCCACCUAGUCAUUGGCUUUGAAGGCUUUGCCAUUCAAUUCGUGGAGCGGUACUCUGAGAUCCAGGACUUGAUUGAUUACGACUCACUUCACUCGAACUGCCAGAACUGGGAGACUUAUCAGAGCGGGAAGGAUUUUGCUAUCGAGGAUGACUCGGGGAUUUGA